UUACAGAAAAUGAGACAGAUAUUUUCAAGGCGAGGUAUCUGUUGAUUUCGAUUUUUGGAUGAAAACGCGCUUUAUAAGUUGAAACGAAAUACCAGGCCCUCAUAAAUUUCAUAUUUUUGGAACUCAGAGUUUGCUUAUGGUAUACUGAAUAUUUUAAGAUGUACAACUCUAGAUCAAAACUUCUCAUCCUGUUGCUGGUAAUCCUUCUGAUAGUUCCUGCUGUUUAUUGUUUUUCCCUUUUCUCUCUGGUCGACGAAGGUCAAAAUGGAGCAACACAAACUACUGUUACUGACAUGACUCCAACAACUAAAAUGAAUGACAUCGCAACAGAUUCUUCCCUAGAUGAUGACACCGCAAGUGAUUCUAAUGAAAAUGAAGAUGUCUCAACAGAAGGUUCUAUGACAGGUGAUGAUGACACCACAAAAAGUCCCGCCGCAAAUGACGAUUCGAUUUCAUGGCCAGUCAUCAUGAUUGUGGAAGAUCACAGUAGUCUAAUAAAUGCCAAGUCAGAGUCUGAUUCACGUCGAGUGGAUUCGAGCAACAAGUGGUUAGUCAUAAACAAGAGAACAAGCAUUAGGAAAGUUGAAGAAGAUGCUCAUGAAUUUGGAAAAAAUAGAAAAGUUCUCAAUGAAGAUAAAACCGAGGAGCUGCGCGUGUAUCGAGACAAUUUCCAUACAGUUGUUAAAAAUGGAAUUGAUCUUACCAAUAUAUUAAGACUGUAAAAAUAUUCUUACCUUUGUGGAAUAUAUAUAAUGGCUAUGAAUAAAUACUAUAUUACUUUUU